AUGGCGUCCACGUCAGCCUUUAAGUUCCUGAGUCAGCUUCCUGCGCCUAAAAACAAGAGCGUCUACGACGCUUCCUCGGACGCCUGGUUCGCGAAUCGCGACAGAGAUCCAGAUGCCGCAGUUGGCGGAGCAGCAGCAGGGGGUAAAAUAGUUCCUAAACGCCAAAUACCUCCUUACGGCAAGAGGCAAGGGUUUGUCCCGCGCCGCGUCGAGGACUUUGGCGAUGGCGGCGCGUUCCCGGAGAUCCACGUGGCGCAGUAUCCGUUGGAGAUGGGACGGAAACAGGAGAAGGUCACCAACAAGGUGCUUCCUGUGACUGUAGACGGGGAAGGCAAUAUCGCGUACGACGCUAUAGUGAAGCUCGGGGAAAAUUCGCAGAAGGUGGUGUACAGCCAGCACAAGGAUCUAAUCCCGAAGAUUCAGGACGAGGAUCUGGAAGCGCUUCGGGACGAAGAGGACGAGGAUGAGAUGAAGGAAACCGCGGAGCGCACUAAGGCAGCCAUUGAUAAGAUCAAUUCGGCUCAUAAUUCCGGCGCGAAGGAGCGCGUUAUCCGCAUGGUGGAGAUGCCGGUCGAUCCGCUGGAUCCGCCUAAAUUCAAGCACAAGCGCGUACCGAAAGCGUCCGGCUCGCCGCCGGUCCCGGUGAUGCAUUCCCCGCCUCGGCCGGUUACCGUUAAGGAUCAGCAGGACUGGAAGAUUCCUCCUUGCAUUUCCAACUGGAAGAAUCCCAAGGGGUAUACAAUUCCGUUGGAUAAGCGUCUCGCGGCCGACGGUCGCGGGCUGCAGGAAGUGCAGAUCAACGACAACUUCGCCCGCCUGUCCGAGUCGCUAUACGUCGCGGAGAAUAAGGCGCGCGAGGAGGUGGAGAUGCGGUCGAAGAUCCAGCGGGAGAGGAUGCUGCUGGAGAAGGAGAAGAAGGAGCAGGAGCUCCGCCUGCUGGCGCAAAAGGCGCGCAUGGAGCGCGCAGGCGGAGGCACCGGCGGAGGCGGAGGCGGAGCGGCUGGCGGAGGCGCGCUGGUUUCGCGUGAGGCUGCCGCGGGCGGAGCGGAAGGGGGGUACGGGCGGGCGGAAGGGGACGAGCCUCGGCGCGGGGAGACGCGGGAGGAGCGCGAGGAGCGGAUGCGGAGGGAGGCGCUGCGGGAGGAGCGGCGGAGGGAGCGGGAGCGGGAGCGGCGGCUGGAGGCGAAGGAAGGCGCGGGCGGAAAGAAGAGCAAACUCACGCGCGACCGUGACCGCGAUAUCAGCGAGAAGAUGGCGCUUGGGCUGGCUAACGUGGGCGGCGCCGGCGGCGGCGGGGAGAUUAUGUACGACCAGCGGCUUUUCAACCAGGAGCAGGGUAUGGAGUCCGGAUUUGCCGCGGACGACACGUAUAAUAUCUACGACAAGGGGCUGUUUAACCGCGAGGGCGCGAGCGGGCUGUAUAAGGUGCGCAAGGGGGUGGAUGAGGAGGUAUACGCGGGGAGGGGCGGCGGGGAGGAGGGCGGCGGAGCGGACGCGCUGCUGCGCACGGAGCGGUUCAAGCCGGAUAAGGGCUUCGCGGGUGAACGGGGCGCGGGGGGCGGCGGCGGGGCGCCGCGCGACGGGCCGGUGGAGUUCGAGCGCGAUGCGGCUGUUGAAGCGGAUCCGUUCGGGUUGGAUCAGUUCUUGACGCAGGUGAAGACGGGGAAAAAGGCGCUGGAUAAGGUGGGCGCGGGGGGGACCAUGCGCGCGAGCGGAGGCGGGGGGAGCUACGAGGCGUACGAGGGGGGGAGCUCGCGGAACCGGGUCGAUUUUGAGCGGGGGAGGUGA